AUAUCGUUCCCUCACUAGCAGCCAGCCAGUAGAUUCGCAGAUAUGGGUACUCGACUUGUUGAAGGCCGACUUGCUCUGGUAACAGGAGCCAGUAGUGGUAUAGGAAGGGAAACAUGUAAAGUGCUGGCCAGAGAGGGUGCGACUGUGGUGGUCACAUGUGUAGACGAGGCAGGAGCUCAGGAGACAGUCACACAGUUGGAAGGAACAGAUCACAUUGCCCUCUGGUAUGACGUGACAAAGUUUGAUUCAGCAGCGGAACUCGUUAAAACCAUCAAGGAGACAUUUGGAAGGCCUCCCGAUAUUCUGGUGAACUGCGCUGGUAUUGGUGGGAGAGAAUAUCUGUUUGAUUUAACUCCGGAAUCUUUCCAAAGGGAUUUGGACGUCAAUCUCAAGGGAACAUUCUUCACGAGUCAGGCAGUGUGCAGAGAGCUGGUAACCGCCAAUAUGGCAGGGUCUGUGGUGAACAUAUCCAGUUUGAGUGUACACUACGGAUCAGUAGGAUUGAGUGCCUACAUUUCCAGCAAAGGAGGGGUAGAUGCAAUUACAAAAUGUAUAAACAGGGAAUUGGGACAUCGUAAUAUAAGAGUCAACAGCGUCCAACCUGGGGUUGUGGAUACCGCAAUGCCGCCCGAGGCUUUUAGGGCUACAUUUGCCAAACUAAGUCCCAUGAAACGCAUUGGACAACCUCAAGAGAUAGCAGAAGUAAUUGUAUUUCUUGCAUCAGAACGAGCCUCUUAUAUAAGCGGAGCUGAUUAUUCCAUUUCUGGAGGAGUUCUAUGACACCCAAGCUACGCUUUACUAUUAAUAAAAAUUAAAUUUCAUACUAACAAAAAUGUAAACCAAUACGAAAAAUAAUAUGUACAACUCUAUUUAAAAUAAUAUAAUUUUAAAAUUAGGAUAGACCGACUUCAAAACCCAAGAAACUACAAAAUAAUUUUUAUUGUAUAAAAUGAAAGCUAAUACUACUUUAUUAGAGAUGUAACCUCGAAAAGUGUUUGAUAAAUAUAUAUAUA